GGUCGUUGUAAGGAAACAGCGGGCGUCUUUGAAAGAGUCUGACGCGCCGUCAGCACGUGUAUUCGGUGUUUCGCGUAACAUAUUGCAGUGGAUACCUAAUUGAAUAACCUGAGAACUGACCUUCGUUGCUAAUAUACUGUUUCAUGCUCAACGUGUCGCUUUCAUAAUACGGAAAUUUCGGAAGCAGCCAUAGAUCCCAACUUUUGAAAAAUCCUUUAUUACAGGUAGACAUUUAAAAAGUCAGAUUUAAAAUUUCAUAUAACUGCAACCUAAAAUCCAAAGUUUAGUGAUUCGCAUCAUUUACUUGGUAGGCGUGAAAAUUUUGUGUGAAUACAUAAAAAAUCAGAGUGAUUUAAAUCAGUCUUCAGUUGGUGAACCUGUAAAAAUCCCACAUUUGAGUCAACUUUGGGUCCUAUUUUGCAUCUUAUCAAAAUGCACCCAAAUUGAUUCGUUUUGUCCUCAAUUUGAAUGCUUGAUAUGACGGAUCAUUCGGAUUGCAACGCGAGGUUCACUUACCAAAUCAGCUGCAGCGCAUUUUGGCAUUCAAGCAGGUUUCAGGGCGUGAUAAUAAAACCCAUAAUUCCCAUGUACAUUCCCUUUGUUCAUCGUAAAGUUGAUUACUAACUGGAAUUUCGUAACUUGUCAUAUGACAAGUUACAAAUCAGUCAUUUUAUUCGCUGGCCAAAACGUAGUUUAGUGUAGUCCGUUUAGUUGAAGCCCACCAAUUUUCAUAGUUGUAAUAUAUCACUUGAUGUGUGGAUUGUAACAAGGCAUAUUUCGAAGCAUUUACAUCUGAAAGUCCACUUCCACACGUCCUAAUCAUUGUGGUAUUAUAGUUCACCGUUGUUAGUUGUGUCCAUUGGUUAUUCUAUUAUCUAGAUCAACAGCUUGUGUGUAGUCGUGUACACUUAUAUAGGAGGAAUUAGAUUUACAUUCCAGCAUCUACUCGCUGCUUUUCUCUUAAAAUUUUAUCUUGCAAUGUUUCAGAUGGUUAUAUAGAUUUUCUUAAACAUCAGUCCCUGUUUCAUAAGAUUUCACCAUAACUUGAUUGUUAAGACAGUCAAUUCUCUCACAUUGGUUAGUUCAUCGCCAAAGAAGCACAUUUCAGCUUUCAACGUGACUAUGGAUUUAAAAAAUAUAACUUUAUUAAGUGACAGGGAUUAGGACUGAGCAGUUUCGCUGUUCAUAAUGUUUGCUACCGAAAUAAUAUAAUGUGAGCAUUAAGUAACUGUAUAUCGAUAAGUUAGUGUCAAAGUGUUUUAAAUGUUUGACUUGUCUAUUUGAACUGUGCUUCAUCUACCUUAGUCUGAGCGUCUAAUUAGUUUUAUUGCAUUAACAAUUACAGGAAUGCAUCUUACAUAUGACUACCUAAAACUAGAUUACACUACCUAUAAGUGAUUAUAUUUACACUUUCAAAGUAAUGAUGACGUAUAGUAACAUUGUCAUUGAUAAGUUUUCUAUUCAAGUAUGAAGAUCUGGGAUAGAACACACCUUGAGUUUAAUAUAAAAGUAAAGGACUUUAUAGAUUCAGACAUAUAACUAAGACUGGGUUGUUAUACUUAAAUAAUAACUAUUACACUAACCAGUAAAACUACCGUAGUUUUCUGGAACUAUAUAUACCGACGUUAACACUAUCUUCCUGAACUAGCACUUUACGAAACACAAUUUUGUCAAGUUAGGAACUAAUGUCACACUGUUGAGUAUACUGGUGUUUGGGUCUUAGUUUAUUGAAUAGAUGGAUUUUGGUAUGCUUAGAAAUCCAACAAACUGGAUUGGAACUACGCUUUUUGUUAAAUAAAUACUUGAGGACUUAAAAAAUUAUGUUGGUUCAGGUUGUUGUAUUUCUGGCCAAAUUAAAUAAGAAUGAAAGCGAUAGCUAAACCAAAAGGUCACAAACACGAAACAAAGCAUACUUAGUGUCUAUAUGCUAAAGACUUCACUACUAAGUCAAUCUUAGUCAUAUAUGAUAAAUCUAGUUUCGAAUCCAUUUAUUUGAAAACUUAGGACCCUCUGAGAGAUUUACCACAGAUUUAUACUUCUGGAUCAAAACAACAUAUUGUUUCUGUUACUUCAUCAAUGUUGAUCUUUAAAUCUCCGUUUUGGAUUUACCCAGUUUCCCUUCCCAGACCUAAACAGGCAACUAUUACUAGAGUAUUUACUGUCAUCACUAAUUUUAAAGCAUCCUUAAAAGGUAUGCUAGAAAAAUAAUUGGUUUUUUUGCAAAUUCUGCCUUCCAGUGAAGUUCGGUAUGUUUUUUUGAACAGCCUCUUCUUUCUGCGAUCUUACUCCUGAAAGAUCUACAAGUAGUUAUCAGUAACUGAUCAAUAUAGUGCAUUCGAUACCUACUUUUAUUCCUUAAAUCCGCAUAUUUAGUCAGGUUUGUACACUGGUUAAUUAACAUUCAAACCAUGAUUCUUAGUCUAUCUUUUACAGGUGGCUAAUUUCAUAGUUUAUUUUGCUUUCCAUAUAUUUCCACUUUUAGGUGCACAUAGUUUAUUUCUAUGGAUGAUGUAUUCAAUAGCGAAAUAUCUGAUGUCCAUUCAGAGUUAGAAGUUGGGUCACGAGACUGGGAACGUCGUGCUGAGGAGGUUUAUAGUGCAGGUAUACGAGAAGGAUAUUUCGCCAAAAGUGACGUUGUUUUACAAAACGAAUUUAAUAUUGGUGUUGAUCAAGGAUUUGCAUCGACAUUUGAACUGGCAGUUUUAAAAGGGCGAUUAUCAGUAAGGUUAUACUAUUCAACAGGCGAAAAACAUUCGAAAAUUAAAAAUCUCGUUAAGUCAAUUGACGAAAAAGAAAAACAGCUCAUAUCACUGGGUUCUAUAGAAAAAGAUUUAACUUACCAACAGCUUGUACAUGAGGCUGAAGUUAUCUUAGCAUCUUAAACAGUAAACUUACGGGAAAUUUUUGUACAUAGAUUUUGUACUUUUCAUAUUACAUCUUUUUGUUUAUUUUUUACAAUAUUUGUUGAUCCUUGGUUCCCAUAUUUAAGGGGUCAGUAUUCUGGAACAAUUUAAUUGUAUGUCCACUAUUUACUGUAAAGUUGUGCAGUUCGUUCUCACCAAUUUACAUACAUAAUCAUAGAAACAACUUAAGACCUAGAUCAAAUUUUGUUCAAGUUGGCACACUUUAAGCCUC